AUGGCAGCCCUUGGAGCAUACAAGGUUGCUGAAACUAUAGCUGAGGAGAGCUUGACUAGCCAAACAGUACAAACAGAUUCCGAUCUUGAAGUUUUUUCGAGCGAAGUCCAGCCUGGUCGCAUACCCAUGAAUCCUAAAUUGCUCCAAUCAGCAAGAUCAGGAGACAAAAGAAUUUUGGAUGAGUUACUACGACCAGGAGAUUUUCCUUCUAGAGCUUCGGCGGGGGAGAUCGCAAUAACAGUACCAGAGGAUUCUCCAAUACAAGAAGAUACCAGCUGCCUCCUUGGAGUUACACUCGAGGGAAACACCGUCCUCCAUAUAGUUGCUAGCCGAGGACAUCACGAGAUUGCCAAGGAGAUCUGUUGUAGAGAGAUCUCUCUUUUGGCAGCACCAAACACGAGGCUCGAUACUCCAUUGCAUUGCGCUGCCAGGGCAGGGGAUGACAAGAUGGUCUCUCUUAUUAUCCAGUUUGCAAGGGAGGGCGAGAUCGAAGAAAGGAGAGUCUUGAGGGCCAAGAACAGGGACGAGGCAAAUGCUUUACAUGAGGCUGCCAAAUAUAACCAUGCGAGUGUAGCCAAAGUACUAAUGGAGGAGGAUUCAGGACUGGCGUCAAUGCCGAAUAGUGUUGGCAUGUUUCCGCUCUAUCUGGCCAUCACGUCAGGAUCCUUUGAUGUAGCCAAAGCCUUGUUACAGUCUUCCUUUUGGGAGAAAGCUUCUCCAGCAUCUUAUGCAGGCUUUAACAAGAAAACUGCGUUGCAUGUAGCAGUCCUUCUGAGUCGAGAAAUUACUGAAGACAUAUUGCAACGGAAGCCGAUGCUUGCCAAAGGUGUCGAUUCCUCUGGAAGAAUUCCUCUUCAUUAUGCAGCUUCAGAUGGUCAUCAUGAUAUGGUGAAGCUAUUAUUAGAGCGCGAUCCCUCUACAGCCUAUCUUGCAGAUGCCAAGUAUGGCUUAUUUCCCAUACACAUUGCAGCUAUGAUGGGCAACAUUCCUAUAGUUGAUCAGAUUUUAAAACAGUGCCCAGAUACAGACGAAUUAUUAGACAAGGAGGGAAAGAAUUUUCUUCAUGCCGCUUUUAAAAGGGGAAAGCUUGAUCUGGUCAAGAGAAUUAUCUCCAGGAGACCGGAUCUCAGGAAGCUCUUAAAUGACCAGGAUAACGAGGGAAAUACGCCGUUACACACGGCUGUUAAAAACAGCGACCAACGGAGCGUGCAUUUUCUUCUCCGGAACCAAACCGUAUGCGUCAACGUUAUCAACCACGACGGCUUCACCCCUCUCGACUUGGCUUACCGAAUGUUGGAUGAUAAAGGCCUGCAAUUCUGGAUGAAUGCAAAAUUCUGCAUUGCCAUCUGCUUGGCUUUAACAAAGGCUCUGUCCAGUCCACGAGAAUUGCAUCAUUUAGAGACCGGUGAAUUAUCCAGUGAUGAGACCAAAGAGAAACUGUCCGGCGAUGAUAAGUUCAAAAAAGAAUCAUCCAACAUCGAGGACAAGGAAAUCAGGAGACAGGUGGAUUUAGGCAAAGAUUAUUGGAUUGCUGCGGUGUUGAUUGCUACGGUCACAUUUGCUGCUGGUUUCACCGUCCCCGGGGGGUACAUAGCUGAUGAUCAUCCAGGCCGUGGCACAGCAGUUCUAGCAAAAGAUUAUGCCUUCAAGGUAUUCCUAGUCUCAGAUUCCACCGCGUUGGGCUGCUCCAUCCUAGCCACAUGCUGGCUCCUAAUUGCAGGAACGUCGAUGGUUGAUACACAUACUCGCAGAAUAGCCCAUUGUGGGGCUAUAAGUUGUCUAUGGGUGGCAUUUAUGGGCAUGUCCACUGCAUUCGCGAUGGCUAUAUAUGUAGUGUUGCCUCCCAGCUGCAAGCGUAUCCGCAUUAUUUUCUGCAUCAUUGCUCUCGGAGCCCCUUUUCUAGUUCAUAUGGCGGCAUAUUAUAACGCCUAUGUUGUGCUGAAAACAGUAAGAAUCAGGCAAGGGUAUAGACAAUGUAUUUACCCAACCACACACCCGCAUGAUGUGGAACGCCUUGGUCCUGCUUUGCUGAUGUGGGGUGCCCGUCUCAUUUUUUGGCUGCUUGUGACAUUGGGCGUUGAUGCUAUCUUUUUCCUGUUCGCGACGCUCUAG